AUGGACCAGGAACUAAUGCAUGCUAUCAAAAACGAUAACCUCCGGGCAUACCAAACUCUAAUACCGAACAGCGUGGCUCCUCGACUGGAUAUUGACAGGCUGCCAGUCAUUCAAAUUACCCAGAGGCACUUCAUCGAUUCUCUAAUUUGGCCUCGUAGCCUCGAGGUACUUCAUGCGACGAAUAAGAAAGCCGCCAAGAUACUCAUGACCCGAAUGCGUGAUGCGCAAAUCAGUGGGCCCUGUCUGAGAAAAGCUCAUAAACAGACUGGCUCGUACCUGGCUACAGAAUACUUGAGCGAGGUCAUUGGUGUGCAAGAAUAUUCAAUACAGCAUGUUCAAGGCCAUAAAACCGACGGAUAUCGACUCUUCUAUGAGCAUGAAACCAUAAUUGUAGCGCUAAUGCGAGGAGGGGAACCCAUGGCAUUUGGAGUGAACGAUAUCUUUCCAACCGCCAUGUUUCUUCAUGCGAACAAACCAGAAGAUAUCAAAGAGGAUCAUAUAAAACAAGCGAUGAAUCUGGUAUUGGUGGACUCUGUGGUGAACACUGGAAAGACGAUUUCACAAUUUAUUCGACACAUUCGAAACCUUAAUUCUACCGUUCGAAUAGCCAUUGUCACGGGUGUCGUCCAGGCCGAGGCUAUAGACAUUCUAAAUCAUGAAUUGGCGCCAUACGGCAGCUAUGAAAAGAUCAGCAUGAUUGCCCUCAGGCUCUCAAAUAACAAGUACCAGGGGAUCGGCACCACCGACACAGGAAACCGCCUUUUUAACACAAUACACCUACAGUGA